AAUUGUCAGGAUUACCGAGGUCAGAAGCAUGUCAGAAAAUAUGUAUAAUAACAGAGUCACAUUUUCUUGGAGAGAUGUUUCACUCAUCAGCUUAUAGACAACACACAGACAUACUACUGCUCCAAAUCAUCAUGACUUCUCCAAGCGCUGACGUUCUCGGCUACGAGAAAUCUAUUUUUGACGCCGGUCUUCAUUUUGCUCGUCCUGCAUUUACCUUUCAGACCUCCCAAUGGGAGCCUUUGGCGAAAGAGACUCUAUCUGCAACUUCUUGGGGCUACAUCCAUGGAAAUUGUGGCAGUGGCUCGACUUACAGGAACAACCUGACGGCUUUUUCUCGCUGGUCAAUAGUUCCGAAUCGCCUCGUGCCUAGUCGCAGGGAUGAGGAUGGCAAUGAGCAGUUCGCUGAUACUUCUACGACGGUCCUUGGCCAGAAGCUUCCCUUUCCGCUGGCAAUUGCACCCAUUGGGGUCCAGAAGAUAUUCAACCCCGAGGGUGAAGCCGCUACUGCUCGGGCUGCUGCAUCGCUUAGAGUUCCGUAUACUCUUAGCACAGCUUCGAGCACAAGUAUCGAAGAUGUUGCAGCAGCAAAUGGCAAAGACGCACCUCGAUGGUUUCAACUCUACUGGCCUAGCCGUGAACACGACGACAUAACUAUCUCGAUGCUCAACCGCGCCAAAGCAUCCGGCUAUACGGCACUUUUCGUCACUCUCGACACUUACGUCCUCGGCUGGCGUCCGAGCGAUCUAGACAAUGGCUACAACCCCUUCAUCCACCCAGAUCACAUUGGUGUCGAAAUCGGCCUGACAGAUCCUGUUUUUCAAAAGAAGUUCAAGGAGAAGCACGGCUAUGAUAUCACUGAUGCAGCGAGUGGAGUCUAUCAAGCAGCUCAGGGCGGAUCCGCUGGAGCUAGUCUCGGUGACGCGGCGAGAGAGUGGGCCAAGAUCGUAUUCCCCGGUCAUUCCCAUUCCUGGGAAGACGUUGAGUUCUUAAAAAAGCACUGGGACGGUCCCAUUGUCCUCAAAGGAAUUCAGAGUGUCCAUGAUGCCAAGAAGUGUGUUGAGGUGGGUGUCCAGGGAAUCGUAGUGAGCAACCACGGCGGUCGCCAACAAGAUGGUGGAGCUAGCAGUCUAGGCAUGCUUCCGCGAAUUGUCGACACUGUUGGGGAUAAGCUUGAUAUCUUCUUUGAUAGUGGUAUCAGAUGCGGUGCUGAUAUCAUGAAGGCUAUUGCCCUGGGAGCGAAGUGUGUUCUUGUUGGACGGCCUUAUGCUUAUGGUUUGGCGUUGGGUGGUGAAGAUGGUGUAAGGCAUGUUCUGAGAGCGCUAUGUGGUGAUUUGACUAUGAACAUGCACUUGGCUGGACUGAGGGAUAUCGGUGAGGUGAAUCGGGACAUUUUGGUAAAGGAGAGUGAUCUUGUGUAACGAAGGGUUUAUUAGUAGUAGAUAAGACACUAAAUGUUCACGGCGGACCUAUUUACUCUAGA